AUGCCCAUUUUUUCUCUGCACCCAUCUCCCCACCACCCUCCCUCACCCCUCUUCCCCAACCCUCUCCCCCACCCCUCUCCCUCACCCCUCUCCCCCAACCCUCUCCCCCACACCUCUCCCCCAUCUCUCUCCCCCACCCGCUUGCCCCAACGGCCUCUACCCACCCGUCUCCCCUGCCCUGCUUUCCCGCACCUCUCCCCCACUCUCCACACGCCCCACCCUUACCCCUCUCUGCCACGCCUCUCUCCCAACACUUCCCUAAACCUCUUUCCCAAGCCUCUCCCCCAAACCUCUCGCCCAACCCGCUCCCCAACCCCUUUUCCCCCACGCCUCCCGCCUGUGCCUCCCCUCCACGCUUCCUUCCAACACCUCCCCCUCUCACGCCUUGGCCACACGCCUCUCCCCCACCGUCUUCCUCCCCCAUGCCCUGAUCCUGCCGGGAGGAGUCAGCUGGCGAGGAGGCAGUGGGAUCCAGUGGCUAGCGCAAGUCAAUCGGAACACAACUGGCCUGCGAUGGACCUUGGUGUCGCCCGACUGCUCUCCAGCAGUGACCCCAUCGUCGUGGGAUUGGUCGAGAUAACGACUAGGACAACACUCAAGCAACGAUGCAUGAUGGGCCUAUUCAGCAGGCGCAAGGCCAAGAUGACCACUAUUAUCACGUCUCCCUCUGGGCACUUGACAUUUUCUCUGGCAGGCAGUGUGCUCCGCCUCCUCUGA